CUGAUUGGGGACAUAUCUUUACCAGGCUCAGCACUAAUGGCAGGAGGUGACUGCACCUUGCCCCGGGCUGCCUGCCACUACCGUGUGACAUUGUGUCUGGUAUGGGGACUGGACCUUGGCCUGCAAGCUGUGACACUGAGAGUUUGUCCCCUUUCAUACAGAGCAGCUGGGAACAAGCAGAAUCUCUAUAGCUGUUGACAUGUAAAGUAAUAGCUGUAAUGGCUCCUCUACGGACAUGGUAUUUGAAGGUCCUUCUUUGUGUCACUGCCUUCCUGUCUCUCAUUGUGCUCUGGUGCCAGCUGUCCCAGUUGCCAGGAACUGUUGAGGGAGUCUGGAGCUGGGUUUUUCCUAUGUCUACCUCCCGGGAAAAAGGAAUUGACUUUUCAUCUCUGUUCACACAUGAUCUUGAUGAGCCGCUUUGUCAAACUGGACAGGUUCUCCUAGUCCUGGUCACUUCUCACCCAGAGCACCAUGAGCCAAGGAAGGCUAUACGCAAAACCUGGGCUGUGCCAGAUAAUGGAGCUGCCCACCCUUGGCAGGUGAUUUUUUUGAUCGGACAAACUUCAGAUGUGGAACAGGACUGGCGAAUUCACAGUGAGCAGAAUAUUCAUGGUGAUAUACUCAUGGGUAACUAUCUGGAUACGUACCACAAUCUGACCUUAAAGGUUAUGCAUGGCAUAAAGUGGGCAACAGAUAAAUGCCGUCCACAGUACAUUCUCAAAACAGAUGAUGAUUGCUUUGUUAACACUAAUCUAAUCCCAGUGUUCUUGGGCAAGUACAACAUGGUAAAGACAGGACUUUAUGUGGGCUCAUCCUUCUCGCAGGACAAGCGGCUGGUAAUAAGGGAUCCCUCUAGCAAAUGGUAUGUGUCACAGCAGGAAUAUGACUUGGAUGUGUACCCUCCUUAUGCCAGUGGCAUUGGGUACAUUUUGUCGUUGGAUGUAGCUAGAUUGGUACUCAGAAUGGCAACAGCUGUCCCAAUCGUUCCUAUGGAAGAUGCCUAUGUGGGUAUUCUGGCAAAGAAAGCCGGCAUCACACUUCUUUCUAGCUCACGAUUUGCCAAACACAACAUCAAGUGGAGCAUAUGCAAUUACCGUUAUCUCAUGGUAAUUCACCGACUGUCACCAAAAGAUCAGGCUGUGGCCCAGGGCAACGUGCAGAGGGCAAGGACAGCCUGUAUGGGCAACAGAGUGGUGACACUUUGGAGCUGACAACUUUAUACUAUUGUUAUGUGUUCAAGCUGACAAAAGGACAUGAUAGCGUCAAGGAUUUAUAAACACAAAAGCUUGUUAAACAGGUGCUGCUGCAUAUUGUUAUAUUAUUACUCAGAAUAAUGACCAGAACACUACACACAUAUUAUUUGCUAAUUAUGAAUAAAGAGCAAGGAACACACUACUCUGUGGCCUAAACUACCCUAAUGAGAAAAUAAAAUGUGUCCAACAAA